CCUCCUUGGAGGUGCACGAUGCGAAGGGUUCCUUGUAUUACCGUGUCUGAGGACACUCACUAGACAAUGCCAGCGAAGUUGGCACGCGAUGGGCCGCUUUCAGAGGGCAUGAUCGUAUCAGUGUCAGCAAUCGGUUGAGUCGGUGCCCACGAUGUGAAUCUGGAGCAUGCCGGCACGCAGGCUCCGCUACCGUGGUAUAGAGGAGAUCGCUUUUGCGGCGUACUUCAACAAGCCCAGCUCUCUUCCUGCCUUCAUCCUCGAUUUUGUUUGGUCCAACUUUUUAAUUGCUUGCGUCGACGUGGGGCAACAUCUGGUGCUCACCUUUGAAGAAGUAAUUGGACAAGCGAGGCCCCCGGGACCCAAUAGCCGCAGCUGCCUCAACAACCUAAUAGCAUCGUAGCUUGAAAGGUGCAUGAAAGCUCCCCCAGACACCAGGAGCACAGUGCUUGGCUUGUACCGAAGGAUCCUGCGCACGGGGCGCAGCUGGAAGGGAGGCCAAGAGGAGAGGGAGUACAUAGAGCGGGAGGCAAGGGCGCAGUUCAGGCGCAGUGCAGCAGUGCGCGAUCCCACCGAAGUGGAUAAACUGGUGCAGGAGGGUGAGCAGCGGUUGGAGUAUGCGUUGCAUUACCAUAUCCCCUAUCCGCGCCUGCACCACGCGUCGCAAUUCCCCCGCCGCUACACUCUGAACGCUCUGCAGGUGGAGCCGAGCGGUGCACCCCAGUCCAAGGACCCUGAUGUGGCGGCCAAGCUGGCAGCUGCCACCGAGCGCAGGCGUGCGAAGCUGGAGCGGGCCAGGAGCGAGGAGGGCAACGCUAGCUGA